AUGGGAUCGAAUUCCGCUAAUAGUUCUGUCAAUAAUACAGAACGCCAUUCUAAUCCACACAGAACACAGACGUCUUCAUUGCAGAAAGGUAACAGGCCCCACCAGCUAUUCAUUCCUACCAAUAGCAACAAAAGCACCACAUCGUCUAGUUCAAGGCAGCUUAGCAGAGAGAGCCACUCCAAUAAUGGAAAUGGUAGUCUAGGAUUCCGGACAGAAACAUCAUCGGGAAUUCACUCGGGCACAGAGACCCGCAAGUCAAGGUCCCGCUCAACCAGUCAAGUUCUUAAUAAUAAUCUCCCCCAGACAAAUCAAUACCUAGCACAGGAGAAAGUUUAUCUCAAAAAGAUACGAAAUCAUGCUAUUGAUGACUAUUAUACCAAAGGUAUUAGUGGAGCAGAUAUUGAGCCAAAGGAAACAGACGUUAUUACGAAUGAUGACGAUGAUGACGACGACGAUGACGAUGGACGACGUAACUUUGCAUGGCAAUUCCGAUCUCUUGGACAGAUUUGGAGAAUGAAAAAUAUCAGAUAG